UGCUGGCGCUUGCUGUCACAGUGAGAAACUCCAGUGUUGAAGUCGAUGUACCACAGUUCCUAGAAUUGUCAUCCUGCAACAACGAUAUUCUUCAACUGCAGUUUGAGGCGCUUGCCCCUGAAGACAGUUGACGGAGGAUUUGUUUGUCGUCGCCAGAUGCUGUGGUGAUCAUGACGAGGCUAUUGCAGAGUUUAACUCUAGCUUUUCUUGUUGUAGCCAUCCACGGGGUCAGAGCUGCUCAGCGUGUUGACGCCAAUGUCCAUCUUCACGAUGCUCUGCUCAAGCGGCAACCUCGGAUGGCGGAUAUGACGUCAGACAUGUCCUCGCAGCAACGCACAACACCAACAUGGCUUCCCAUGACGGAACUUGACGAUGUGAUGACCUUAGGUCCCAACUCCGCUUUGAAGGUCACGUCAUCAGCAACCACAGUCCAGGGCACACAUGUGCUGCGGUUGCAAGAGUUCUUCAAAGGAGAGCCUGUUAACGAUGCAGUCCUAACAGUAUUAACAGACAGUACAGAGCAGUAUGUGUAUGACGCCAGUGGUACUCUGUAUCGGGAUAUAGAGAAUGACACAGACGGCACAAGAAACAUCGACAAUGAGACCGCAUUAAGCAUCUGUCUCACCUUCAAUGAGGCCAUUAGAGAUGACAUCAGUGAUGUUACGAUUGAGCCUCAAAUAUUCCACGACAGCCAGAACACCGCUUACCCGGGGUAUUUAGUGCAGUACCUUGUACUUGUGGAGUCCGAACAGCGCCGGCCAGUGUGCAUUGUGGACGCACGUGACGGACGCAUUACUACUAGUUGGGACGCCCUUAGCAAGCUCAUCGGAUGCGUAGGCAAAGGCACGGGAGGGAAUCGCAAGAUCGGCAGGAUCCACUACGGGGAACUUCACAAAUGCCUGGACGUACAUCGUGUCAAUAAUACAUGCUAUACAGAAAACAAAUACGUUAAAGUCAUUGAUAACAAAGGAUUGUUGAAUAAAAGGCGAACACAUUUCUACAACAUCAGUGAUGCCGCUUCUUACGACUGCGAGGAAGCCACAGACCAAAUCAACGGCGCGUACUCACCCAUCCUGGAUGCUCUGUUUUACGGAACGACUGUCGGGAGAAUGUUUGAGGACUGGUACAACACAUCCCCGUUAGAUGGACAGAUAACUAUCAGGGUACAUGUAGGGGUGAAUUACUCUAACGCGUUGUGGAGUGGUCGAGAAAUUCUCUUUGGUGACGGCGAUGAAAACUUCCAUCCUUAUGUUAGCAUAGAAUCCGUGGCACAUGAGAUCGGUCACGGGGUAACAGAAAAAGCUUCAAACCUCUUGUACUAUAACCAAUGGGGAGCUAUCAAUGAGGCGUUUUCAGACAUGAUGGGAGAAACGUCCGAAGCAUAUCUUUCAAAGGCAGACUGGAUUGUAGCUUCUGAAAUCACAAAAAAAGGAUACCCUCCAGUGCGCUAUUUCGAAAACCCCUCGGCUGACAACCACUCUAUAUCCCACGUUGAUAACUUCACGGACGACCUCAGUGUACACUAUGGCAGCGGCGUGUACAGAAGGGUUUUCUAUCUUCUUGUCCACGAAUACGAGCAGUCCAUCAAGGAAAUCUUCGGAGUCUUUCUGCUCGCCAACCGAAUGUACUGGCAUCACACGUCUGACUACCACAGCGCUGCCUGUGACGUCAUGAAGGCUGCCUACGAUCUGGGUCAAGAUGGCGCUCUCUUCCGCCGGGCUUUUAAAGAGGUCGGAAUAGACGUCUGUGACAUACAAAAUCAUAUCAUGGGACUUCGAGAGAGUAAGGUUUACGAUGGCAUCACGGUGGCCAGAAAUGAAUCUCCUACAUUCCUCUACAAGUUCCCUCUGCAUAUGAUCGACACCGGUGUGAACGUCAGCGCGAGCAGCUCCACUGGAGAUGUGCACAUCUUCCUGACCAACAAGCGCUGGGAUAUCGACGAUGAAGACCAACAAGUAUUAGCCGAGGGCACCAAUCUCGUCACAGCUCAAAUCCAGAGUAACUUAACUGCUCUUCCUCUUUACAUUACGUUAGCAAAUGAGUUAAAGGUUACUCUUUAUAACGUCACGCUUCGGGCGCACGCAUUCUGGACCUAUAACUAAGUCACAACUCUAAGCUAUUCCUAAUCAUAGUGCAGUAAAAGCAAAAGGAAAACCUCAUAAAUGACAUAAAUGAACAUCGUGGGUCUUUAAGUAAGUUUACAUUCUGCCACUAGCAACUUUACUAAUUCAAUAUUUGGCAAAGAGUCAUGCAGUUUAGAAGAUGACAAAGCUAAACUGUUAUUAAACGCUAUAAACGAAGUAUGCUUAAAGUAUAACCAUUCUCCGAACAUUCGACCUGAUUAAUUUGAUUAAUUUGUAAUGUUGUUUCUCUUUCUCAUAACAUUUGCUUAUAGUGUUACUUCAUUAGAGAAAUUUUGUUCGUAUUUUAAGCAAUGCUUUAUCAGCAGAAAAUAAAGAGCAGAAACAGUUGAGUUCUUCUUGGAUUUCAUUGUCUGUACUGCUGAUGUUUUACGAGUGUUACAAAGUCGUAUGUAUGUUCUUUAAGUGGUAUUGGUAUCGCACUGGGGCAAGUAUAAUUAUUGUAUGUCUUAGACGGGAAGUAACGAUGACCGCGACGAUGACGACUAUCCUUCUGACGAUGAUAGAAGUCACUUAUGCCGGUUGUUGAGAUGACUUCUCUUACAGGAUUGAAGGUACGUCUGGUGAUUUUUGUGACGACUUUACUGAAGACAGUUUUUGACAAUGAACGAUUGGACUUUUAAAGGAAUGUUCGAAGUAACGAUGAAUAAAGUUGGAUUGAAGAAACGACAAAACCUGGAGUAAGGACUAAACACAAUACAGUCAAAAUGCCCUCUGUCCGUUUCCCCUAAAUCCUCCAUCUCCAGGGUUCCUGUCUUACAAAUAAUCUAUGGUAAAAACCAUAAAUAUACAAAAUGUCCACGCCGCAACAACAGAGCAAAAGGGAGCUAACAACUACCCCCCCCCCUCUCCUAACAUAGGUUCUCACUAACGCACACACAAAAUUCUUCGUCGCAGCUACUUUCACUCACACUUUCCGCACAUCUGCGUGUUGAUCAGAACAUCAUCGGCUGGUAAAACCUGCGGAAGGAC